AUGAAUGAACAGGAUUUGGUCCCCGAGAUCGAUAUUCCUGGCGGGAAGUCAUCCACUUCGCUUCAACGGAUCUCUCGACCUAGAGCCAAUAUGGAGCCUCAACCCAUUGAUCCAUCAGCUACAGUAGUAGUCGAUAGUACGCCUUCGGCAUCUCAUGCCAGCUUUCUAGCGGCAAUCUCGGACACAAUCCCACCAGUACAUACCAGGAGCGAAGAUAGUCCUGUAAACCUAAGCAGUCUUGCCCAAGAAGAGGACGCUUUCGUGCCUGUCACUAUUCUCAACCAACUUCCACCUUACGAAGAUGCUCAAGUCCUUGUUGACGUGUUCUUCACAUUCCUCGAGUCCAACUGGUACUAUUUUGACGAAAAUUGGUUUCGCAAUUUGCUCACAGAGAUGUACAUGAACAAAGCCAGUGCACCGCUGCGGAAGCAAUGCACCACAAUUUGUCUUGUGUUCCUCGUAUUGGCACUUGGGAGUACGUUUGAGCAUAUAUUCCGGCCGGCCGACCUGCUAUUUAGAGACCGAGGGAUCCCAGGUAGCACAUUCUUCGUGCAGGCCAUAAAGCUAAUCCCGAGAGUCAUUGCGGCUAACUCUGUCGAGAGUGUGAUAUGCUGUCUUUUGACGUCGUUGUACCUUCUUGGAACCGAGGACAUUUCUCAUCACCAUACAUACCUAGGGCUGGCUUUGAAUUUGGCCACCGGUCUCUCGUUGCAUCGUAUGGGAAUGGAAAACGACGAGACGGCUCAAGCUCAUGAGAUGAAAGUCCGACUGUUUUGGACUAUCUAUAGCAUCGAGCGUCAGACAUCUGUUAUUAUCGGACUUCCAACCAUGCUGCAACUCAAAGACAUCACAGUCUCCCUCCCGCAAAAGCGACAGGACCUAGAUAAAGACGGUUCUCAACGAGUGGAUCGACUAGUCGCAUUCACCAAGCUAACAAUGGUAAUGGACGAAAUCAUCAACGCCGGCCGCAUUGAACAAAGCUCUACGACCUAUGAUUGGGCUUGGUGCAAGCUGGAAUCUUGGAAACAAUCUGUUCAGGCUCACUUGCUGUUCACCCAAGAGUCUUCAUUUCGAGCGAAUGCUCACCUCGAUAUCAUGUAUAACAUGAUUUGGGUAAACAUUGGUCGCGGAGCUACACUGCGUCUUGUUCGCAGACGACUGUAUCCUGUUGUCGCAGACUCAAGAAGCUCCGAAUGCGAUGAGAUGUAUCUCCGAUCCCAGAAACUGGCGGAACGAUGCACAGAGUCGGCCACAAUAGUCAUUGACUGGAUUGAACAAUUGCACAGCCGUAAUCUGCUCGCCAGAUUUUCUUUUACAGACUUCCAUACAUGCAGCUCGGCUGUCAUUGUACUGCUUUUAAACGCUUUACUCCGAACUCCCUGUCAUCAAUUGCUGCCCAUCGCUCGUGGCAUAGAGGCCCUGCGCUUUAUGGCGAACGGCAGCACGUUGGCGAUGAACGCACUGCGACUUGUUGAACGCCUGCAAGAAGGAGUUUAUAAGACUACUGGCGUGAUUGGUAGAGGAGGUAUUCUUGAUCAGCAGCUAUCAUCUCUACAGCCCCCUGGUCAGAACUUUUCGCAAAGCGAUACCCUCAAUCUUGCCAGAGACAUGCCAUACGUUACUGCUGCGAAUGAUACUGCUUGUGACGACGCCGCCCCUGAUAUUGCCCCUCUUGACCUGACUCUUUUCGCGGACCUGGAGCCAUCGCUGCUCGAAUAUUCUGAGCAAUAUCUGACGCUAUUCGGAUUUGACGGCUUUGGCUCUACGUUUGAUCCAAAUUUUCCAAUGUAG